AUGAUGGAAUCCGGCCCUCUCUUCGUAUAUGCUGCUGUUGCCCGCGGCAAAUGCGUGAUAGCAGAGCAUAUUGCCCGCAAUGCACCUGAAGACAUUCCGCGUGCUGCUAGGCAGGCGCUGCUCCGAUUGCCUCCUCAGCGAGGGCGAAGGAGCUACGUCUUCCAGAGUCACCUCUUCUCCUUUGAAGCGCUCGAGCGCGGCGAAGGCGGGGGCGUUCAAUUGAUAACGCGCGUAGAAAAGGAGCUGGAGGCUGUCACCGACCUGGUUAAGGACAACAUAAAUAGCGUGCUAGAGAGGAACGAACAGAUUGAGUGCCUCGUGGGCAAAACUUCUACUUUGAAAGAGGACGCGGUUUCGUUUCGACAAUCAGCCCGAAGGCUAAAGAGGCAUGUGUGGUGGUCCACAGCUCGCACCUAUAUCCUUAAAGUUACUGAUUAUCUCAGUAGUACUCCCGCUCCCCCUGAUCGCGCCCCUCAGGAUCGACAACAUGAAAGAAGAGAGAUUGCAGCGGGAUGA